CGAACUCAAGUAGCCUUUAGUUUUGCGAAUUUGGACCGCCUUUGAGUUUGUUAGCGUAUUUGUUACACUGAAAUUCGUUUGCAUAAUAUAGUUUACGGGAAGUAUACCUGGUGGUUAAAUUAUAGGUGGUAUAACAACAACGUAGUGACUUAAAAUCAUAAGCCAGUUUAGACAAUGAACUCAACAGUACAAGGGUUCGGCAUUCGAUUGGGAAGGCUGACCGUCGCGGUUGCCGCAAUCGAAGAAUCAGUAUCCGCACAGUGGCUGACGCAGACCGAGACUACUGAGCGUUUGUUUUGUAUCACGUUGCUCCGCAACUGUGGUCGGUUGUCCGCCGGUAUGGACCGGCUGGCCUCUUUCGGAAAUGACCCUUUUGACAAACCUCCAUGUCGUGGCUGUUCUUCCUACCUCAUGGAACCUUAUAUUAAGUGUGCAGAAUGUGGACCUCCUCCCUUCCUGAUGUGUUUGCAGUGUUUUGCUAGAGGAUUUGAGUACAGAAAGCACCAUAGUGAUCACAAAUAUGAAAUCAUGACCUCGGACUUUCCAAUUCUUGACUCUAGCUGGACGGCCCAGGAGGAAAUGGCUCUGUUGGAGGCAGUAAUGGACUGUGGAUUUGGAAACUGGCAAGAUGUGGCCAACCAGAUUCGUACAAAGACAAAAGAAGAGUGUGAAAAGCACUAUAUGAAACACUUCAUCAACAAUCCACUUUUCUCUUCAACCUUACUGACUCUAAAGCAGGUGGAGGAAGCAAAGAGCGCUGACAUGGCCAUCACAUUUCACCAGAUAGAGUUGAAUGAUAAAAUCAUUCAACAACAAAAAGACCUAGUGACUAUUGUCAGUGAUGCACCCGUUGAUUUGUUUCUGAAUGAAUUGAUUGAGAAGGUGCUUGGCUACAAGAAGAGGUUGUUGCAGCAGAAAUGGAGGAAACUGGCGAGAGAUGUGAAUGAUUUCACCAACAACCAUAAAAAGAUCCAGAGAGAUUCUAAUGACUUUGCUAAUGGUCAAGUGCUUGCCUGGCCAAGAGAUGAUCAUUCUAAUAAUUCUGUUAUAGGUCUGGGCAAUAUCACUCAACAGUCUGUUAUUGAUACUUCUCAUGCUGCUGUAGUUGGUUCCACCUUAACGACAGAAGUGACUGACGUAACUACUAUUGCAGGGGACCAGGAAGCUUUGCUUUCUCUGCAGAAUGUUCAGGCAGCGUCUACUGACAACGCAGACAUGACUAAACAUUUUCCUGCAGGAGGAGCACAAAGAAAAGAUGUGUUUGAACUUUCAUAUUCCCUGCUGACCAAAGUUCUGCGUGACAUGCAGUUGAUUACAAUUUAUGGUCUGAGAAUUCUUUCUUUUUUUCUGCAGGAGUUUGACAAUUAUGCUGAGUGGGAUUUAAGGGAUAUUGAUUUUGUUGAAGAUGACUCUGAUCUGCUACACGCUUUGAAGAUUGCUGUAGUAGAAAUUUAUCAUUCUCGAUUAAAGGAACGUCAAAGACGGAAAAAGAUCAUAAGAGACCAUGGACUUAUCAGCCUCCGUAAAUUCCAGAUAUUAGAAAGAAGAUAUCCUAAAGAAAUUCAAGAUUUAUAUGAAAUCCUGAGACGAUUUGCACGAAUUCUUGGGUCAACUGAGCAUGACAAGUUCAUUGAAAGCCAUGCAUUGGAAUUUGAACUUCGAAAAGAGAUCAGGCGGUUGCAGGAAUACAGAGCAGCAGGAAUCCAAACGUUCUGCAGUGCAAAAGUGUAUGAACAUUUAAAGCAGGCCCGUGAAGAGGCUCGUUUGAAGCGCACAGUGCUGUCCGAGGUGCUCGACUACAUCCAUGAUAGUGCUGCAUGCCAGCAGUGGUUGCACAGACAAGCAGCUAUUGAUUCUGGGCAGUUACAGAUAACACCCAUUUCUGUGAGCCAAGUAGGUCGAAGAAGUGCACCUCCAUUGAAUCUCACAGGCUUACCUGGCACAGAGAAACUGAAUGACAAAGAAAAAGAGCUCUGCCAGAUGGUGAGGCUGGUCCCAGGAGCCUACUUGGAAUAUAAAUCAGCAUUAGUAAGUGAAUGUGAGAAGUUGGGUGGCCUGCGUCUUGCACAGGCAAGGGCAUUAAUCAAGAUUGAUGUCAACAAAACUAGAAAAAUCUAUGACUUCUUGAUCCGCGAAGGAUACAUAUCCAAAGUCUAGAUGACUGCUAAAGUCCUUAGAAAUUCAGAAGAUGGAGCUAUUCCAUUUCAUGGCAACAAUGACAUCAGCAGUCUGGGACUGUCAUCAUUUCACAUGUAUAUUUAUCUCAUUUCACGUGUAUGCUUGUUUUACAGUCAGCUUGUUACGUCUUAAAAUAAUUCUGUUGCGUCUUUUUUAUAAAUACUUUACUAGACCAGGUUAUCCAAGUUACCUACUGAGGUGUCUUUGAAAAAAGUAGGUAUUUAUUUUUUUGUGCGGUGUUAUUGUAAUUAUAGAACUGUAGUAUAAUGUAAAUAAUGCUUUACCCGUUAAGUAUUUAUGUACUGGAAUCACAGCCCUAAGUGUAUGAGUAAAAAAUGAAAAUGGUA